AUGUCUUUCACCGCUCUGCUCUUGACCGAGCUUCUGCUGGUCACCAUAGUAACAGCCUCACACUUCUAUGGAGGCUCAAUGACUUUCAACUCAAGAAGGAACUCUAAUGGAUCGUACAAGGUGGAACUUCGCUUCAAGUCGACCUACCAUUCAUGUGACGUAUAUGAUUACUGGCCAUGCAUUUCUGGAGAUUGUGGAAAUGAUGUCAGUACUGUGAUUGGUCAGGUAGAUUCGAGUCCCAAUGGCAAUAACUGGUGUCAGUCUGAAGGUGUCAUAACAAAGAUGGUUUCCACCAACAGCCCUUUCGAGCUUCUAGUUCCUCAGAACUGUCCCAGGAGGUACAAUCUCUUAGCAUUUGAUCCUGAUGGUGACCAGGUCAGAUGCAGAUUUGGACUUGGACAAAACAAUGAGUGUGGAAUCUGCAACCAACCUGAUGGUUUUACAUUGGAUCAGGACAACCAUAACAACUACAACUACCACAACAACACGCACGACAACCAGAACAACCACGACAACACCGACAACUACAACGACGACACCGACAACAACCACGACAACAACCACGACGACACCAACAACUACCACGACGACACCGACAACAACACCGACAACAACACCGACAACUACCACGACGACACCAACAACUACCACGACGACACCGACAACAACACCAACAACUACCACGACAACACCGACAACUACCACGACGACACCGACAACAACCACGACGACACCAACAACUACCACGACGACACCGACAACAACACCAACAACUACCACGACGACACCGACAACAACCACGACGACACCAACAACUACCACGACGACACCGACAACAACACCAACAACUACCACGACGACACCAACAACAACCACGACAACACCGACAACUACCACGACGACACCGACAACAACACCGACAACUACCACGACGACACCGACAACCACAACAACACCUACGGCAACCACGACAACACCAGAAACAACCACGACAACACCAGAAACAACCACGACAACACCGGAAACAACCACAACGACACUGGAAACAACCACGACAACACUGGAAACAACCACAACGACACUGGAAACAACCACGACGACACCGGAAACAACCACGACAACAACAGAAACAACCACGACCACACCGGAAACAACCACGACUACACUGGAAACAACCACGACCACACCGGAAACAACCACGACAACACUGGAAACAACCACGACCACACCGGAAACAACCACAACGACACCAGAAACAACCACGACGACACCGGAAACAACCACGACGACACCGGAAACAACCACAACGACACCGGAAACAACCACUACCACACCGGAAACAACCACAACCACACCGGAAACAACCACGACCACACUGGAAACAACCACAAUGACACUGGAAACAACCACGACAACACUGGAAACAACCACAACGACACCGGAAACAACCACGACGACAACAACACUGGAAACAACCACGAUGACAACGACACCGGAAACAACCACGACAACACCGGAAACAACCACGACAACACCAGAAACAACCACAAUGACACCAGAAACAACCACGACCACACCGGAAACAACCACGACCACACCGGAAACAACCACGACGACACCAGAAACAACCACGACAACACCGGAAACAACCACAACGACACCGGAAACAACCACGACAACACCGGAAACAACCACAACGACACCAGAAACAACCACGACCACACCGGAAACAACCACGACCACACCAGAAACAACCACGACAACACCGGAAACAACCACAACGACACCGGAAACAACCACAACGACACCGGAAACAACCACGACCACACCAGAAACAACCACGACAACACCGGAAACAACCACAACGACACCGGAAACAACCACGACGACACCGGAGACAACCACGACGACACCGGAGACAACCACUACUACAACCACAUUAGCCACUACUACAAAAACAACAAAUACAUCUGCAAUAACAACCCCUGCACCAAAAACAACCACUUUACCACUGAGCAAAAUACCUCUUCAGUUUUCUCUACAAGUUGAUGGUCCAGCACCUUCUUGCAUUGAGGGUGAAUAUCUACCACGGUUCCUCCACCCAACGCCUCAUCAUGGAGAACACCUGCAGGCUCAUGUAAAUCAUGAGCUUGAGAUCAGAGUGAAAGCUUUUGCAUAUUUUUCAAGAAUCACUGAUGUCAUCAUUAGUGGACCUCUGAACAGCACAAAGUACAAAACUACAACUGGGGAAUAUGUGAUUAACUGGACACCAACUACAGAGAACUAUGGCCAACACUUUCCAUUUUGCUUCAUUGCAGAAGGACAAAAUGGGUCUGAUAUUUACCACUCUGAGAUGAGGUGCGUCGUUGCAAAGGUGAAUGCUGAAGGACCCGUGGCGCAUGUAACCUGCACACAGAACUCAAUGUCAGUGACAAUUGAGAGAUCCUCCAUCGAAACACUCCAUGGCAACCACUUGAGACUGAUAGAUCCGUCUUGUCAGGUUUACUCCAACAGUACUUACAUUUUUGCCAAC